AUGGUGGUGUUGAACCAGGACCAAGUACUCGUCAGGGACCCUGCGUUCCCUACAAGAUGUGGUACUUCGUCCACUAGGGACACGACACCAGACCUCAUCUUCGGCCGGAACGUGGUCGAGGUCAAGCGGUCUAACCUCAACGUGGACUUUGGCAGCGACCAUCACCUCCUCACUUAUGUUCUGCAAAUAGGACAGGCUAGACCACGUAAGUUCAGAGUGACCGACUGGAACUUGUUCCACAAAGUAAGAGAGGAAAGUUCUGAGGAUGAGGAGAAACUUUACCUCGAACUCUGGACGGCGCCGAUAAGAGACAACAUCCUGGCUACCGCUAAGAAAGGCACCACGGGCUUGCCUGUAAAAAAGAUGGGCUGCAGAGUGGUUCAUCUUCUCAAAGCCAAACAGUCCCUUCUGGCCAAGUGGAAAGGGCAGGGCCUCAAUGGCGGACUUCGCAAGAAGAUUACCGAGGGCAGGCCUUUGGAGCACCUGUUGGAAGACACUAACACAGAAUUGAACCAGAGGUGCACGCCGACUCGCACACUUUACGCAAUAAAGCAAGAAUCCUCAGACAACCAAGUACUGGCAGAAGUGUAUGGGAAGUACUUGCCAAUCGCUUCCGUCCCGCCACCUCCGGCUCCCAUUUACCAAAGAGGUGCUAACCCAGUACUGGACGCAGGAUUUGGAAGCGAGGAGAUCAGGCAUGCAUUGCAUGACUUAAAUGGUAGGUCAGCCCCAGGUCCUGAUAACAUCACCAACAGGGCUUUGAGAAACCUGUGCGACAGGUCUGUGGUAUAUGUGAUGGAUAUUGUCAACCAGGUGUGUAAGAGUGGGGGUGUCCCAGAGAUGUGGAAGACGACCACCACCAUUCUCAACCCCAAACCAGGCAAAUCUCACAGCCUCGGCAACUUCAUGCCUAUCCACCUGACAUCAUGCAUAGGUAAGGUGGCUGAACAUGCUAUCCUGAACAGGGUUACCCGAUACCUGGAGGAAAGCGACAUUUAUCUCCACAACAUGAUAAGCUUCAGGGCGGGCCUUUCGAUGCAAGACGCCAUGAAACUAAGCAAAUAUCAAGUUGUUGAUACGAACACAAGGGACAUAAGAGCCAUCCCGGGACUGCACUUGGAGAGGGCAUUUGAAAACGUUCUGCAACAGUUCGUGCUGAGUCAGAUCUAA